UAUGACCUUUUUCUUACCAUUUAUAUUAAGGAUAUUAUUUAAGCAAGAUGGAUUUAACAAGAGUUAAYCUUCUUAUAGCACAGUUUCUUUUCGAAAACGGUUACAAAGAUUCUUUAGAUGUCUUCGAGAAAGAAAGUGGUGUUAAGUUUAAAGAUGWACAAAGUACAAAGACGUCAGAACUUCUUUCAAUUCUGGAUGAAUACAAAGAAUUAACAAGAGAAAGGAUUCACUGUAAACCUCUGGAAAUCAAACCUGGAGAUGGACAAUACUGUAAUGAUCUGUUGUUAGAAAUUCCAGGACUUGUUGGAGGCAGCAAUAUUUUGGCUGUGAGAUUGACCUUUGACGGAAUYCUUUUYGCAGGUUCCACACAGGGCUUAUUAUCAGUGUUACAGCUCAAAACACCUCUUUCAAAGGAAGCAAAUAAUUUGUCAUUACCCUCGGAAGUUCAACUACACUCUGCAGGGCUUAUUGCUAUUGAUAUCUUCUCAACAGAAUCAAGGCACCUAAUCCUCACCGGAAGCAUGGACAGAAAAUGUUGCUUGUUAGAGAUGAAACACAAUGAUGAUGAACCAAAGCUUCUCCAAACAUUUCAAGACCAUAACAAAUUUGUAGUCAGAGUAAGAUGGUCGCCUUCUGGAAAGUACUUUGUCACGGCAUCCUAUGAUCGUACCAUCUGUAUUUACAGGUAAAGAAAAUCAUAGGCCGCCCAACUGUUGCUUGAGAUAAAGAAGAGAACGAAUGAGUACACACUUUUCUGUUAUCGGCGUGUUCUCUUAGCAAAAUGUGGUAUUAGUAGUAAGCAAAGGAUGUUUCGACCCCCGAAAAUAGGUGGUAGGUGGUAGGUGGGUAUGCAAAUGAGGAAAAAGUGAUAGGGGAGGGGUGGUGAAAACGAGUA